AAAAUGUCUAAUGAAGAUAAUUCUUGUCAACGUUUUUUUGCUUUUAGCAAAAGAGUUCCUAGAGAUGUUAAAAGAUUUUGUGGUAUUUGCCGCCAACAUGGGAAAAUGGAAGAAACUAGAGGGCAUAUUUGUGAAUUUAAAGAUUGUGAAUGUCAAAAAUGUAAUUUAGUUAGAAGUAGACGUCUUGUUAUGAGCCAACAAAUCCGCCUUCGAAGAGCACAGGAUAAACGUUUUCAACGGACAGACCGUCCAGAAGAAGCAGAUGUAAUUCCUUUACUUACUCCACAAUUUCAACAGCAAUUAGAACAUUCAACAUCUCCACAACAACCAACAAAUGGGUUAAUUGUAGAUGAUGAAAUCCAACAACAAAUGCUGGAUAUUAAUGGGAAAAAUAUGUGUUAUUUUUGUCAAAAAUGUAAAAAUCACGGAGUUUUGGUUUGGAAAAAGCAACAUAAACGUCAAUGCCCAUUUACAAAUUGUAGUUGUGAUUUUUGUGAAUUAAUAGAGACAAGACGUCGUCUAGAUCAACAUUUGGUUGCUCGACAUAAAAAUGAGGGAUUUGGAAAAGGAAAAUCUUCUCGUAAUAAAUUAAAUUUAGAAAAAGGAGGAGAAGAAGAAAAUAAUAAUUUAAAUAAAAAUUCUGAAGAUGAAGAAAACAAUAAUAAUAUUUUGACUGAAGAACCCCCAACAAAAAAGAAAUCAACAAUUUCAAUUAAUUUAGUUGAAGAAGAAAAUGGAAUUGCUUGUACCUCUUCAAAGGAAUUAGGGAAAAAUAUUAAAUUACAACAAGAACCUUUGGAAGAGUUAAAUAAACAAAUUUGGAAUAUUCAAAAUAAACAGCAACUUUCACCUAAAAAUAUUAAAGUACCUCACGCAAUUCAUCCUUCUCUUCUGUCGACAGUAUUUCAACAUUGCGUGAAAUGUCAGUAGCACCUUUAAUUAAUGACCAACAACAAUUACCACCAC